AUGGAUCAUUUUAUCAUUGGCAAAGAAUUAUCUGCACAUUCUGAUGUUUCUUACGAAACUAAAUUAAAAAGGUGUAAACGUAAAUGUUUGUUCGAACCCAUUUCAGAAAAUGAAAUUGAUAAAGCUCAUGCGGAAUUACUGUCAGGUCUAUCUCAAGAGUUCGCCCGUGCUUCAGCACGCUUAUCCAAAGGCGUAAUCGAAAACGGUCGAGUUCGUCUUACACAAAUAUGUGGGAAGUAUUUCCGUAUAAUGGGUUUCUCUCUUGAUGGCUCAUCUUAUCUUCAUCCAGAAGAAGCAUUAUACCUUGCUGAAUGUAAUAAAAUUCAAGUACUUGUUAGUGGUUUACCACUGAGUAUUCAAGAACUUUACGAUCAGCUUUUAAACAAUGAAACAUAUCCAUACUAUCUGGCCUACUCUCGAUUAUCACGAUUAAAUUUCAGUCUUCGAAAACGAGCAAAUUUUGACCUACAAUCACAUUACCACUGUGUGACAGAUAAAUUAUUUAAAAUUCCAAAAUCAAUUAA